UGCAAGGCCUGAAAUUAACUUAAUUACCAGUUGGGUCUCUGGCUGACUCUCCCCUGCGCAGAUUUUUUUUGUGAUAUCCUCUCAAGUGUGACACAUAUAGCAGCAGAAGAGGACGUUUCAGUAUGUCUGUGGGGCUGGAGUUGAUAGGUAUCUCCCUGUGCAUUCUGGGAUGGAUUAUUGCCAUAGUGGCGUGUGCCCUUCCCAUGUGGAGGGUGACGGCCUUCAUCGGUAGCAACAUCGUGACGGCUCAGAUCAUCUGGGAGGGCCUGUGGAUGACUUGCGUGGUCCAGAGCACGGGCCAGAUGCAGUGUAAGGUCUACGACUCCAUGCUCGCCCUCUCCCAGGACCUCCAAGCUGCCCGCGCCCUCACCGUCAUCUCAAUCCUGUUAGCCAUUCUGGCAGUGCUCAUCGCCAUCGCCGGCGCCAAGUGCACCAACUGCAUCGACGAUGAGGCAUCCAAGGCCAAGGUGAUGAUCAUCUCUGGGGUGUUCUUUAUUGUUUCUGGGGUCAUGCAGCUCAUUCCAGUCUCCUGGUCAGCCAACACCAUUAUCAGGGACUUCUACAACCCUUUACUUACUGACGCUCAGCGGAGGGAGCUGGGGGCUGCGCUAUACAUCGGCUGGGCGGCUGCUGCCCUUCUGGUUCUUGGUGGUGGACUGCUCUGCUGCUCCUGUCCGCCACGUGAGACCCGAUACAACCCUUCACGAAUGGCUUACUCUGCCCCACGGUCUGCAGGGGGCCCGGGGUUAGAAAGAAAAGACUAUGUAUGAAUGAUGUUCAAAGAGGAAAAGACGUUAACCUGCUCUCCACACCAAAAUGAGGGUGUACCGAGGAAAAGAGAUUAUGGAAACAAGGAGACUCCGAAAUGAAGGAUGUUUGACUUUCCCUUUAAUGUUAAGUAUCUCUGACUUAGGCUCUG